AUGCCCAUAGCCAAGGAAAAGAACAGCACAUCAGUGACUAUUUUCUUUCUCCUGGGAUUCUCAGACCAUCCAGAACUUCAAAUCAUCCUCUUUGUGACCUUCUUGGCAAUUUAUCUGGUGACUUUAGCCUGGAACCUGAGUCUUAUAAUCCUGAUCAAAAUUGACUCCCAUCUCCACACACCCAUGUACUUCUUUCUCAGCAACCUGUCCUUCAUAGACAUCUGCUAUUCCUCCUCCGUUGCCCCCAAGAUGCUUUCAGAUUUCUUCAAGGAACAGAAGUCCAUCUCCUUUGUGGGAUGUGCUACCCAGUUUUUUUUCUUUGUUGGCACAGGUUUGACUGAAUGCUGCCUUCUGGCUGCUAUGGCAUAUGACCGCUAUGCUGCCAUCUCAAACCCACUGCUCUACACAGCCAUCAUGUCUCCAGAUCUCUGUGCCAAGAUGGUAGUUGGGGCUUAUGUGGGAGGUUUCCUGAGCUCCCUAAUUCAAACGAGCUCUAUAUUUCAGCUCUACUUCUGUGGCCCAAACCUUAUCAAUCACUUCUUUUGUGAUCUCCCCCCAGUCCUAGCUCUCUCCUGUUCAGAUACCUUUCUCAGUCAAAUGAUUAAUUUCCUUGUGGUGAUCACUGUUGGGGGAACAUCUUUCCUCAUCCUCCUCAUUUCCUAUGGGUACAUUGUCGCUGCUGUCUUGAAGAUCAACUCUACUGAAGGCCGAUACAAAGCUUUCAACACUUGUGCCUCCCACUUAACUGUAGUCACCCUUCUCUAUGGCACUGCCCUUUUCAUGUAUCUUCGACCCAGUUCUAGCUACUCACUAAGCCGAGAUAAAGUUGUAUCUGUGUUCUAUUCAGUGGUGAUCCCCAUGUUGAAUCCCCUCAUCUACAGCCUGAGAAACAGUGAAAUCAAGGCUGCUCUGAAAAAGGUACUAGGGGAAAAAAGGUUUUCAUAG